AACAAACGCAUUUUUUAUAUAUAUUUUUCAAUGUUAUUGCACUGAUUUAGCAAAAUGAAUAUAAGAGAACAUAUUUAAUUGUCUUUUUAUAUUGUUCUAAUGCUAAUUAACACAUGAUGACCCUUUCUGUCGAUUCUGCGAAGAUAUUUUGAGAAACAAUUUUGUCGCGAAAACAGAAUCGGUAAUCAUGGCAGAUAAUUACCAUGUUCUUGAAUUGAUUGGAGAAGGGUCAUUUGGAAAAGUAUAUAAAGGCAGAAAGAAAUACACUGGACAGAUUGUGGCAAUAAAGUUCAUUCCUAAAGUUGGAAAGCCGGAGAAAGAGUUACGAAACCUUAGGCGUGAGAUAGACAUCAUGCGACAUCUUCAUCAUGACAACAUCAUAGAGAUGUCGGACAGCUUUGAAACAGAUAAAGAGGUGGCCGUGGUGACAGACUAUGCAGAGGGAGAACUCUUUCAAAUCCUGGAAGAUGACGGUAAUCUUCCUGAGGAACAGGUGCAGCACAUUGCUGCCCAGCUUGUGUCUGCGCUGUACUACCUCCACUCCCACCGCAUCCUGCACCGUGACAUGAAGCCCCAGAACAUCCUCCUGGGAAAGGGUGGCAUCGUCAAGCUCUGUGACUUUGGUUUUGCCAGGGCUAUGAGCUUCAACACACUGGUCCUUACAUCCAUCAAGGGCACACCUCUGUACAUGUCUCCAGAACUGGUGGAAGAGAAACCUUAUGACCACACUGCAGACUUAUGGGCGCUGGGGUGUAUCCUGUAUGAGCUGUUCACUGGCACACCACCUUUCUACACCAACUCCAUCUUCCAGCUUGUGAGUCUGAUCAUCAAGGACCCGGUCAAGUGGCCGAAGAAUAUGAGCCCGAUGUUCAAGGACUUCCUGCAGGGCGUACUCACCAAGAACCCCAAACAGCGGCUCGCCUGGCCAGAACUUCUGCACCAUCCAUUUGUCACAGACCUUGUCAAAGUCCGUGAUGAGGACGUGAACCUUCCAAGCCCAUUCACCCAGCCCCUGACGGCCUCUAUGAUCCGCAUGAAGGAUGCUCAGGCAAAGGAGAAGGCCCAUCCAAAGGGCACGUCCAAGAUCCUUGCCAAGGCACGCAAGAAAGCCAUGGAGGAGGAGGAAAAAAAGGGAGUACGCACACAGAACGGCACGGUAGAUGUCCCUGCAGUGGCCCCUACUAAGACGCAGACAGGAGCAGAAUCCAGGGAGGCCUGGGGGCCAAAACUGAAGCCUGAUGAGGGCGGGGUGUUGCAUGAGAAAAACGGGCCCAUCCCAACACAUGCCGAACGUGAACACACCAAGGACUGGGAAAACACAGGGCUCAGUAAAAACACAGACCCAACGCCUAGGGCAGACAGGAUCAGCAAGGAUUACGAAAAAGAGUACCCAAGUAUCGAGAUCGAGGGGCGGCGGACGAUACGCAAAUCCACGGAGAAACGUGAGGAAAACCUGCCCACCAAGAACAUUGAGAACGUGAAACUGGAUGGGGAGGAGGAAGUGGACAGUGAUGAUGAGUGGCAGGGUCUGAUUGACGUCACCGACGCAGACGGAGAGCCGGAGUACGCCCUUAAGUUGCUCACAGACAGGAAGUUCUUGGGACGGCUAAAUGGCCGAGUGGAAACAAGCGGGGCACAGGUCCUUGAUGGUAUGCUGGAAGGGGCUGCACGUCUCCGCACCGUCCUCCGUGUCAUCACCAACCUCGUCACACUAAAAUGUGAAGUUGAACUGAUAGUGGAGGCGAUCCGGGCUGUCAACCUUCCAAUCAUGCCCCUCAAACUGCUCGCAGACAUCAUGGACAAGGCCAAGGUCAAACAGCAACCCUGGUGUCAGCAGAUCCUGGUGGACCUGGUGAUCGCUCUCAAUGCUUACUUUGCCAGUGAGAUCAGCUGGACAGAACAUGUCGACAAACAAAUAGCGGGUGAAUUUCUGGAAGCCAUGGGGCGGUUCAUGUCGCUUAUACCAAAACUCAUGUACCAACAAGUGGAUGAGGAUCUGCGCCUCCGUGAACAGUCAAUACUGUGUGCGAUCUAUACAUGCGAGGCGAUGGAGCGGGACAAGCUAGGGCUGGCAGACCAGUACUUCACUCUGUUGUCCACCAAGCACACGGCCGCACUGGACGCCCUUAUGACAGCCACACUCCCAGAUGUUGCUGUUCUACAAAAACUCACAGAAUUGGCAGAGGGUAACGAGGACCUGGCUGUGGAGCGCCACGAGAGCCUCACGCAGCUCGCCCUGUCCUGUCUCUCCACCAUGCUCAACAUUCCACUUGAGAUGGAUGCCGGUGCCAAUGGCAGAAGGAAGCAGCCCCAGGAUUAUGAAUUCAGGAUAGCGCACUAUCUUGGUGACAAGAUGGCAAGCAAGGGGAAUGAAAAACUCACGGACGACUUCCUCCUGCUCCUCAGACAUCCUCCCCAGUGCUCAAACAUGCUCAAGGUGGUGUACGCAUGUUGCCAGGUUUCUACGACAUUCUGUUCCUACAUCUCCAACCAACAGCAGCACAUGGAGUCGUUGCUGGGAGUGUUGAUGGGCAAGGUGGAGCUUGCUGACAUGGAGGUCAACUCUGUCAUUGAGAUGCUGAUCCAUAUCCUCUCCACCAUUGUCAUUCAGCUUCAGACCAUGCCACCUACGUUGACAGAUACUGCCACCCUCAUGGUCUCCAUCUUCCUAGAGUCCACCAUUGCCAGUCACACAGCAGCAGCGGCCCUGUUGUUCAGCCAGAUGGUGUACUGUGGUGUGUCUGUUGAGGUCCAGCCAGAGGAGAUGCUGCAGGCAUGCCUCGCUGUAUUCACAGACCUGCAACAGAUCUGUGUGCGGUGUCCGUUUGACUACGGCAUCAUGGACGGCCUUAUGUUGCUGCUGUGUGAAAUGCUCAUCCAGUCAGAUGCUCCUGUUGCCCAGCUCUACAUCGAGACUGGUAUCUGGGGGACAUUGUGGCACCGAGUAGCGCAGGCCUUGCAGGUGGUCAACCCGGAUACAGACAUGCCCAUACAUGACAUUGAGACAGACGCUGAGGCCCAGAGGGGGUUCCGGGAUCCAGACUGGUCCCUCGUCUCUCCACAGGGCCUCAUGGCUGUUCUCCAGAUGUCAGUCACUGUCUUCACCAAGGAGACCCAGCAGUGCAUCCCUAACCUGGCAGUGGCGGACAGCAUCAUCAUGCUCACCCUGAUACACCUGCUAAGACGCGAGUUUCUCCAUUCCCUUAGCAACAGUUUUAGUGUGGAGGGUCCACAGCUAACAGUGGACCUGAUCCUGGAGGUGACUCAGAUCUGCUGCUUCCCCUUUGCCGUUGACGCCUCUGACGACCUCCUCGCUGAGAUACAGGUGUGCCUGCACAGUCACGGUUUGAUGCCGAAGCUGAUGUUUGCUUGCCAGAAGUACCUGCGGGAAGAGCAGCUAGAGACGCCCGUUGGCCUAGUCACACGUCUUGUACUCUCGAACAACAUCUUUGUUCAGCAGUUCUGUGAUUCUGUGAAAGAUCUCAAAUACAUUCCGUUCCUGGUGAGCAGCGUCUGCCCAUCCAGCCCGGUGUCUGUGGUUUGUGACACCGUCUCCCUAUUAAACCACCUUGUACGCACCUCCUCCCAACACAUCGCCCUCGUCAAGACAGUCCUCCACUCCAAUAAAGGUGAUCAGGACAAGUUGACUUCACUGAUCCGACACCAAGCCUCGUCUGUGAAGUCGCGCACCUGCAGUCUCCUUGGCAACCUUAUGAAACACAAUGCCCAAAUGUACACAUUCCUCAAACAGCGAGACAAGCUCUGUGAGGGACUGCUUGCCUGCCUCAAAGAUGAAGAUCAAAACGUCAGAAAGGGUGCGAGUUACGCGGUUGGAAAUGCUGCGUUCCACAGCGACAGUCUGUAUGUGAAACUGAAGCCAGCCGUGCCACAGCUGGUCGAGCUACUCAAGGACCCAGUCUCAAAAACCAGGAUCAACGCUGCUUGUGCGCUGGGUAAUCUGGGUCUACACUCAAGCCUGCUGUCCCCACAGCUGAAAAAGUGUAAAGUUGUUCAAAGUUUGGUAUAUGCAGCUUGCCAUGACAGUCAGCCCGGUGUUCAAAUCAGCGCAUUGCUCGCUCUACGCACUCUAUCAAAACAGGACGAUCUCAAAAAGGAAAUGUCAUCCUCUAAAACUGUGGAUAAGUUGUCAGAAUUGACUUCCACAACCCCACGACCUUCCUCAGCGACGCCAAGGUCAAACAGCAGUUUGGUGACCUCGAGCCUACAGAGCAGUAGAGGUCAUACCAGCUCCAGCUCCGUCCUCACACACUGCAGCAAGCUCAUACAGCUUCUUCAGGGGCAUAACACCUGAAUGCAUGUGAGCUUCACCGGACAUAACACCUGAACGCAUGUGACCUUUACGGGACAUAACACCUAAACACAUGUGACCUUCACCGGGCAUAACACCUGAACGCAUGUGACCUUCACUGGACAUAACACCUGAACACAUGUGACCUUCACCGGGCAUAACACCUGAACGCAUGUGACCUUUACGGGACAUAACUCUGAACACAUGCGACCUUCACCUUGGGGGUGGUGAUCAUAAAGCUAGAGGUCACCAAAUAUGUGUUGAAUGUGUAACAGAGUUUGGCCAUUCAGGAGAAUGUUAUCAAUGACCUGUGAUGGUUUUGGUCACCCAGGAACGUAUGUGCCAGUGCCAGAGGCAGAAUAUUUUCGUAAGUGAUUUUCUGAACUAAGGAAAGAAGUCUGGCUAGUGUGUGAAGGACAGCUCAUAACAGGGGGAAAUGCCAAGUGUGUAAAAAUGUCGAAAUGUUUGGUGAACAUUAAAAUAUUUGAAUCUUUUAUAAAUAAUUAUUCAAUGUACUCUUGACUAAAACGGGAUGAUUUAAACAGCUGUCAUACAGACAUUGACCCUGCUGUGAAACUAGUGUCAAUAAAUACAUGGUGAUGUAAUCAACAUUUGGAUUCAUGUGCUCAUGAAUUAAUGGCCAGUUGUUUUUCCCGAUAUUUUUCGUCAAUAUUCUUUAUAACUGGCAUGAAAUUGGACUGCUCUUAAUCCAGUCAGCAUGUUAUUGUUAUGAUUUGUGAUCCGUCCGUGAUACAUGUAGUUUUACUAUCUUGUAACCAUUUUUUGCACCAUUUUACAUGACUGUAUACAUUUUGUGUGUUGAAAUUUUACCAUACAUGUUAUUGUUAACGUCUUAAUACUAUAAUCUAACAAAAUGCUAGAAUAAACAACAACAAAAACGCA